UGACGCUUCUCCUUCCGCUCGCCAUGUAUGGCAUGAGAGGAACGUCAACUAUGAAGACAAGGCUGGCUGCAGCCCUUUCGAUUAUUAUUCUCCUUGGCCUUUUCACCAUGGUAUCCAUGAGUCUAAUGUAUGCGAGCACACACAGAAUUGACUACUCCGCAGCAGUCCACCUGACUGCAGAGCGUGAUGAAGAAUCAAUUUGCGAAGAACGACUGGCGCCAAUCAAGGAGGGCCCUAUUGUGUCCGGAAAGAAUCACACCUUGAUCAACAUUGCUGGGCCAAUGACUGGUCUUGGCUGGUGGCGAGAAAUUCUUAGAGCGUUCUCAAAUGACGAGAAUUUGAUGUUCGGAGAGGGCGGUUCAGACUCAUUGGACUGCUCGUUUGAUGUCUUCCAGGUAGAGAAGUAUAAUGACGAAGAUUUGAUUAAACUUCCCAGACCUUACAAAGGAACACUCAUAGUACGCGAUCCAAGGUCCAUCAUCCUUGAGCAAUGGCUUUUGGGUCAACUGGAGUGCAGAUCGCCUGGCCGUUUCCACGACGGAGUUGGUUCCGCAAAAUCAAAAGUCAUUCAAGCUCAGAAGAUCUGCAGACUGACUAAGGAGGCAGGCAUAAACUACGUGAUAGCUGCCCUAAGCGAGCAAGGUUGCAGCGGGCCCCUCCACUAUGCUUGUGUUGCAACGAGCAUUCCAGCUCGAGUUGCCAUGACUGAAGGCUUGAAGCUGUUCAAGUAUGAGGAUCUUUGGAGCGAGAGAUCUCUGAGUCUAACCAAUCUGGGACUUUGGUAUGGGCUUCAGGGCCCCCAGUUGGAACGUUUCAUUAGCACUGCUAGGAUCUGGACCAUUGAGUACCGUUCGUUGAUGCAUGACUCAGGCAUGCACCAAGUGCGCAAGCAAGAUUCAUGGAAAGAG